UAACUGCUUAACACAACUGCCGGCAAGUUAACGGAGAUCUGUUGUGUUACUCUUUCCAGAGCCCUGCUAAAAAAAAUGAAGGUUCUGCUACUUAAAGACCCCAAAACGAAUGACCUGUCUUCAGAUCCUUACGUCAAGGAAUUGUCAUCACAUGGUUUCCAAACUAGGCUAAUACCUGUGCUGUCCUUUAAAUUUGUUUCCCUCGAGAUCCUUUUUGAGAAGCUUUCUCAACCUGAAAAUUAUGACGGUCUGAUUUUUACCAGCCCAAGAGCAGUAGACGCUGUCAAAUUAUGUUUGGAAAAGCCUACUAAUAAAGAAGCUUGGGAACAAUGUCUAAAAGGCAAAUGGAAUUCUAAGCGAGUCUACGUGGUUGGGAAAGCAACGGCUGCACUGGUUGCUGAAAUUGGUCUUGUUUCUGAAGGUGAAGAAUCUGGAAACGCAGAGAAACUUGCAGAUCAUAUUUGUUCCACAGGACCCGUACAUUCAAGACCUAUUCUUUUUCCCUGUGGAUCAUUGAAAAGAGAAGUCCUUCCAAAGAAACUUAAGGAAAAAAACGUACCCCUGGAGACUCUUACUGUUUAUCAAACAGCCCCGCAUCCCGAACUACAAGCAUCUCUGACAGAUUAUUUUACUAAGGAAGGCAUCCCAGAAAAUGUUGUGUUUUUCAGUCCCUCCGGUGUUAAAUUUUGUCUCCAGUUUAUUCAGGAACUAGCAAGUAAUCAUCUGUGUCGUUUAAAGUUUUCUGCGAUUGGUCCCACGACAGCCGAAGCCCUGAAUGCAGUGGGGGUCCAUGCAAGCUGCACCGCAGAGACCCCUACGCCACAAGACUUGGCAAAGGGAAUAAAAAGCAUUGGAGAGCCAUAACUGUGUGAUAUAUGGAUUAUCACAUACCCUGUGGAAUCAAUUAAACAUUAUCUGUUCCUUUAAAGGAUCUGGCACUAGAUGGGUUUCAGGAACAUCUAAUGGUUUAUGCCAUGAUAUAUCGUAUUCAUUUUGAGCUAUGGGGUGCUUUUGAAAUGCAAAUUGUGUUUUGACACCAUUAAAAGUGUAUUUUUCUUGUUGGUGAUGUAUCAAUGAUUACCCUUUGCAUAGAGA